AUGUCAAAGGGGCUUCAUACCAGGUGGAGCUAAACAGCAGCCUACAGCACAAAGGGGGGAGGGGUGGACUUCUGUUUUAAAACUCCACCUACUGUAUGUUUUUAUCAACCCGGCCUCAGAUCUGAUCGGGAAACUCUCAUCGGCCACGAUUCAGCCCUGACUUUCACAUCCCGAAUGGAACUCGGCUGGCAGGCCAGGAGAGCAGCCCAGGGACUUGGUUCGGGAAUGGUGUUGUGUUUUUAUAAGAUUAGAUCAGUUACCAGUGGAUUAAGGCUUGACUCUCCCUACCUAUUUGUCGUAAUCCUGGCCAGCCGAUAUCUCGAAGGACUGCUGGAGUUUUGUGUUUUUUAUUUAUAAAGGCAUACAAGAGAUGAGGUCAAUGAAGAUGCCUACUGUGAGGUAUCAGAAUGGGGACAUGGUCAUGGGCCGCUGGCCUGGCAGCAACCUGUAUUAUGAGGUCAAGGUGCUGGACUUUGAUGCCAAAAGUAGUCUUUACACCGUUAUCUACAAGGAUGGAACAGAGCUGGAGCUCAAGGAGCAAGACAUGAAGAAUGCUUCAGGUUUCCAGACCCGCUCUCGCUCCCGCUCCCGCUCUCCAGGCCGCCGCCGCAGCCAGUCGCGCUCCCCUGCGAGGACCACACGGCGCUCGUCCUCCCGCAUGGCGGCUGCUGUCACUACUGCAGCUAUAACAGAUGGCGUAACUUCCUCCCGCAAGGAUACAAGGCUGAAGGAUUCGCUGGAGAUCCGACUGAGUCCCCUGCCACAGACAAAGGCAGCUGAGAACAAUGGCAACAAUAAGCAUGAAAAGAAAGAAGAGAAACAAAAAGAUGAGAAUAACACUGCUAACACAGUAAAUGAGAAAUCUGAGGCUGCGGUAGAGGUGGGGCCUGAUAAGACCCAAGGCCGUUACAAUCUGCGCCGCAGGAAGGACGAUGGAGAUGCCAAACCAGUUGAGACCAAACCAAAGCAGCUGGGGGAGAAGGAUGCCAAGCUGGCUGCAGCUCCUGCUGCCUCCUUGGCCACCCCUCUGGACUUUGGAGGCAAGAUAGGAGCGUAUUUCUGGCUGCUCUUCCUGCCGGCCUGGGUUCUCUUCCUGGUUCUCCAAGUCAACCUGGAGGACCCCAGUCUGACCAACUUCCCUCCUCCUCUACCCGCUCUUGAAGCCUUCUGGGAUGCUCAGGCUCUUGGCUUUGUGAUCCUCUGGAUCUUAUUCCAGGCCCUGCUCUACAUACUUCCUGUUGGAAAGCUGAGCGAGGGAGUACCACUUCGGUCUGGGAAGAAGCUGAAGUAUAGAACCAAUGGUUUCUGCGCCGUCGCGGUGAGCUCUCUAGCUGUAGCAGCAGCGGUGCACCAGGGCGUUGACCUCACCUACAUCCACAGCCACUUCCUGCAGCUGACUGCAGCCUCCUUCCUCGUCGCCGUCCUGCUCAGCGUCUACCUGUAUGUCCGCUCUCAGUACGCUGCUGGGGAGCAGCUGGCACUGGGGGGAAGUUCUGGCAAUGUGGCCUAUGACUUUUUCAAAGGACACGAGCUCAAUCCACGCAUCAAAGAAUUUGACCUGAAGUUCUUCUGCGAGAUGCGCCCUGGUCUGAUUGGCUGGUGUUUGAUCAACUUUGCGAUGGCGCUGGCUGAGAUGAAGCAGCAGGGUCUGGAUGCUCCAUCGUACUCUAUGAUCCUCGUGAACCUCUUCCAGCUGCUCUACGUGGUGGACGGCCUCUGGAAUGAGGAGGCCAUUCUAACCACCAUGGACUUGAUGCACGAUGGUUUUGGCUUCAUGCUGGCUUUUGGUGAUCUGGUGUGGGUUCCCUUUACCUACACCCUGCAGGCCUAUUACCUGGUCAGUCACCCCAACCACCUGAGCCUCCCUGCCGUUGCAGCCAUAGUCACACUCAAACUCGUUGGUUUCUACAUCUUUAGGAAGUCCAACUCUGAGAAGAACGCCUUCAGGAGAAACCCAUCAGACCCCAAACUGUCUCAUCUACAGAUUAUCCCCACGGCUACAGGAAAGAGUCUGCUGGUGUCUGGCUGGUGGGGUGUGGUCCGCCACCCUAACUACCUGGGAGACCUCUUGAUGGCUCUGGCCUGGUCUCUACCCUGUGGCUUCAGCCACCUCCUGCCGUGGUACUACAUGAUCUACUUCAUCAUCCUGCUUGUGCACCGAGACGCCCGUGACAUGAGCGAGUGCAGGAGGAAGUACGGCUCGGCGUGGGACGAGUACUGCAGAACUGUUCGCUACCGGAUCAUUCCUCGCGUCUACUGAGGAGCCUGGCUCUGGACUUUCCUGAGCCGAGGCCUUUUUCUACCCAAUAUUAUAGCCAUUAAGGCUCACCAAAAAAACAAAACUUUAAUUUGAAUGAAUUAUUUGACUUGUUAUAGUUUUUUCUUUUUAAUCCAAGAAUUUUUCAAAUCUUAAUUCUGGACUGAAGGCGCUACAGUAUUUUGAAUUUAAGAGAAAAUGUCACGGAGUGGAAACAUUGCCUCUUUGUAUAGAAAAUCUAGGUUUGAAUAGUUUUAAAAAAGAUUGUGGUGGGGGGACGCCUCUGCUAUGACUGUCUCGUUAGGAUGUAUAUUUUUGUAUAUACACAAUUGUUUUAUACUUCAAGAAUAUCUCACCAUUUGCAUCAUUUUGGUAGGUUUUACUCGCUCGUUACAAUAUCAGCUUGGCUAUUAUGAAUAAUAGUGUAAGUACGCCUUCCUACUAUAAUCAUACUGCAUGUGUAUAUUGUGAAGAAUGGGAUUGAUAAAUACUACCUAUUUUUUUUAGAUAAUCUGCACAGUGGAACUAGGGCUCAUAUUCUUUCUCAGGACUCAGAACUUUGGUAGAAAGGUUUUGUCUUAAAUGUUGUUGCAUCUUUUUCUAUUUCUUUUUUUGGAUUAUAGACAUCUAGUUUUGAUUUGAGAGUGUAAACUGAUUUGGGAGGUUUAAAAAAAAAAAAAAAAUGCACUACUGUGAAGAGGCAUGUGAUAAUUUCUUUCUAUAUCAAUCCCAAAGUGGAAUAGAUUUGGUUUUGCUACCUCAGGCCCACUCACUUUGCACUGUGCAUGAAUAUGAAGGAAGCAAAGUGAGGUGUUUUUGUUUAUUCCAACAGUAGCGUUUGUAUCUGUUGUGAACAAGCGGCACCCAUCCAUAAGCUUUAAACCCUGACCCUUCCAAACCACGUAAUUCCUGCAUUUCUAUGCCGAUGAAACCUUCUGCAUCGUAUUCCUAAUUCUGAACUGGUUGUUUCCCACCACUGCCACAUGAAUUUGUUUUGAACCUAUUUGAGCUUUAACUUGGCGGUAAUAUGACAAUGAAGUUUGUACUCUCACAAACGGUGAGCUGUUGACUGCAUGAGCAUUUACAAACUUCAAUUGUGAACGCUAAAAAAACACAUGUAACAAUUAUUUUUGCAGCUGUAGAUGAGUACAUGUGAAAUAUAAACUAUUAGGUAGCAUUCUUUUAUGCUGUGCUGACUGAAUUCUCUGUAAAUAUAAUUUUGUGUUCAUGUUUUCAGUAAAAGAGAUACCAGUAGUGAUGUUUCUCAUUAGAUAUUUAUUAGUGCUUAUUUGUUUGGGUUUUUGUUUUAAAGUUUAAGUUCUGAUCACUGUAGUCAUGUUUACACCUAGAUCGGCCAUGUGUCUGGACCAUAUUAAAAACAAAUGCUCUGUGAAACUCUACCUUAUUAGAGGAAGAAGCCCCUCCUGGAUGCACCGCGAUACAUUAUGGUGAUUUAUAUUGUCCUUAAUAUUCUGCUGGUACAGGUGUCUGAGUGGAAAGCAGGAAGUUGGAUGUACUAAGAUAUAAAUAUGAGAAGUGAAGCAGGCUGUUGGUAACGAUGAGUCACAUAUGUGACAGUGGCUAGAAAAAGCUUUUCUAUACAAUUAUUGAAGCCCAAAAUAAAGAUUUUAAAGUA